UGUCAAAAAUGACGUUUGAGUUUUGUAGGGAUAAAACGAUUUUUUUUGGAGUUUGCGCAAAGUUUAGAUUGAAAAAUCGAUUAAAACGGGUUGCGCAGAUGUGUACCAACUGUAAGAAACUGUAAACGUUAAAUGUUAGUGCGGGAGAAGUAAAUAAAAGUGAUAUAACCGACUUCUACGAGAGUCGAAGUGGAAGGAUAGUGCUUUUCUUAUUUUGAAUCGUUCAAUACAGAGUGGUGAGCGCGCGUUGUGUUUGAGUUUCCUCGUUCAAUUUAAACGAAAACCAUCUUCGAAAAUGUACUCGAAUUAAAGAAUUAUUUUUAAUAAUAAAAUUGUAAAAGUUUGUUGUUUUUCCUCCAACAAAAAUGGUUUCUGAGUCAGAUUACAGCACUUUAAGAUCAAUUGUGGAUAUAAUUGGCUUCGUGAUGAUAUCUGUGGCACAUAUCAUCUAUGCCAUCAUUAAAAUGUGCAUCCCAAAUUCUUAUAAACCAAAGAAAAACAUCGCUGGAGAGAUUAUUUUAAUAACUGGAGGAGGCAGCGGCUUAGGAAGACUCUUAGCCAUUAAAUUAGCCCGAUUAAAAGCAAUCGUCAUCGUUUGGGAUGUCAAUGAAGAAGGUAUUAAAGAGACUGUGAAAAUGGUUCAAGGUGAUGGGGGAAAAGCCUACGGAUACAAAUGCGACUUAACGAACCGUGAAGAUGUGUAUAAAGUUGCGGAAAAAAUUUUUGUUGAUGUCGGAGAGGUUACCAUAUUAAUAAAUAACGCCGGCGUGGUUUCGGGGUAUUUGCUUUUGGAUACUCCGGACCAUCUUAUUCAACGUACUUUUGAGGUUAAUGCAAUCUCACAUUUUUGGACGACCAAAGCAUUUUUACCAAAGAUGAUUCAAAACCAACACGGUCAUAUCGUUACUAUCGCUUCAAUGGCUGGCCAUACCGGAACCAAAAAAUUAGUCGAUUAUUGCUCCUCGAAAUUUGCAGCCGUCGGUUUUGAUGAAGCACUUCGUGUCGAAUUGGAAGCACUUGGUAUAAAAGGUGUAAAAACAACCGUUGUUUGUCCAUAUUUUAUCCAAUCAACGGGGAUGUUUAACGAUGUAAAAGCCCGAUUUGUAUCAAAAUUACAACUAACGCAUGUCGCGGAGCGCGUUGUUAAAGGAAUAUUAAGGGAAGAUAUUUACGUUUUUAUCCCAUCGAUUUUCCGAUAUGUUUUCUGGACGAAAUGGAUAUUCCCAUGGGCGAUAGUUUCGAUGUAUUUAAGAAAUUUAGUUCCGGAUGCAAAUCCCUCGACGAGUUUAACGCAAGAUUCGAUUAAGGAUCCCACAUUCACCGAUUUGGCGAUGCUAAAAAAGAAAGAUGAUCAAGAUUUAUUGUUAUCCGAUGAAAGAAUAUUGUGAGAAAAGAAAUUAUUUAGAUUUAUAAUAAAUGUUUUAAAUAAAUACGGUGAAAUUAAAA